CUCUUCAGAAACAUCGAAUCCCCACUGAUGUAUGAAGUUUCAGAGCACCAAAACAGUGGAACAGAUAGUUCAGGAAGCAGCCUUGGAAGCUCAGUCACAGCAUGUAAAAAGGUCCUCUGCAGUAACAGCCUGCUAGAAUCCACAGACUACUGGCUUCAGAAUCAGAAGACACCAUGCCGAAUUGGCAUCGUGGAGGACCAGUUAGAAAGCACCUACACUUCAGUUUGCUUUGUGAAUCUGGAUGCACACAAAGAUGUUUGCAAUGAUGAACUCAUGAAAGAGAGAUUGAUCAGCAUCUCCCCAAAUCUCCCGAAGCUUAUCAACUCCAUGAAUGUACAGCCACCAAAAGAGAAUGAAAUUGUUCUGCUGAGUGGAUUAACUUCAGGGAAGCUUCAGAGUGAUUUUGAAGUACCCCAGUGUUCCUGGCUGGCAGAUGUCUGUCUGGUUCAGUGUGCAAGAGGAAACAGAAAGAACAGCACAAGCUGCAUCAUUUUUGAAAUAAACAAGUUUCUGAUUGGGCUGGAGCUCGUGCAGGAGAAGCAGCUGCACCUAGAGGCUAGCAUCUUAAAGCCUGAAGAUGAUACUAACUGCUCGGUGUCCUCAAUAGAGGAAGACUUCCUCACAGCAUCAGAGUACUUUGAAGAAGAGAAUGAGGCAGAUGAAUAUAGAAACGGUCAUAAAAAGCUAAAUGUCACAGAAGCUGCAGCAGAGUUCAAAACAUACAGAGGUAAAGGACUUGAAAACCUACAUUGCAAAAAAGUUAGGUUACCAUUUACUCUGGAAUCUAAUUCUAGUAACAAAGGCAGCACUGCUUCUGCUAGAACAUUAAGCUCUUCUGAAGAAGAAUAUAAUGGUGAGGAUGAAGAGACUGUAACUAAAACUGUUAAUCAACUUCAAUGGAAGACUGACAUUGCUGGAAAACCUAAGACUUCUUGUAAUAUCGAUGAUCUGGAAGACUCUUCUCGUGGUGACACAGACAAUUCUGAUGUAUCAGAAGAUGCAUCUUUGGCCAUAAUGGCUAAGGAGGAAAUUAUUGCUUUGAAUGAUGCAACAACAGAACAAAACAGUCAUUUAGGCACAUCAGAGUAUAGACCUGAAAGUACCUUUCAUCCUCCCAUGCAGAAUGAACAAGCCACUGCAGGUCAAUUUGCUACAAAUCUGGCAGAGUCUGUCCUGCAAGAUGCAUUCAUCAGAUUGUCUCAGUCUGCUUUUACCAAAGAGGCUGCCAUCAGCAUCUCUCUUGGUAACUCCUUAACUUCAGCUGCAUACACAUCACAGGAUGUAAUGGCUUCUCGGUCAUGGAAUGAGCUUCCCAAAAUAGUUAUUGUUCAAAGUCCAGAUGGCUCUGACAACACACCUGAAUGGCCUGGGGCUAACCUUCCAAAUAUAUGUCCUUGGUCUGAAGUUGAACAUGCUACUGAAGAUGCAGAUUGGUUACAAAACAACAGUUCCAAUGGAGGCACCCAAAGUGCCUUAGAGGUAGCCUUGGCCUGUGCCGCUACAGUCAUUGGUACCAUUUCGAGCCCGCAUGCUACAGAAAAGCUCAAAAUAGAACAGGAGACUGCAAACUCUAAAACACAUGUGGAUGAUAGUGAAGACUUAGAGGAAAAGUCUUCCCAAAAUGUCAGUUGUACACCUGUGGACUAUUCAUUUCCAUCUGCCCUGUGCGGCAUGACUCAAGUAGCAAGCGCUGUUGCUGUUUGUGGCUUCGGAGAAAGAACAGAUGCCAAGUAUCCUAUAGCUUCAGGUGGACUCCUUUCUGCUGCUGAGACAUCAGCAGCCAUUACUCUUCACUGUAGCAUAGCCAUAGGGAGCAGCAUGGAGGAUUUGAACAAUAGUAUUGCACAAGUGUUGCUCAAAGAGGCAUCCUUAGUGCUGUCAAAACCUGAAGCAUACAGGAAUAUAGGGGACUUCAUGGAGUCUAUAAAUGGGAAAAUUGUUCAGACAGUAACAAAGCCCUCAGUUCCCCACUUGGAUGAAAUAAUUGUUGAUGAACUUGCCCAGAACUUGUCCAAUGUUAUCCUCAGACAUUCAGUGGAAGAGGUCAGGAAGAAGCAGCUUAAUGCAUGUUCAGACAGAAGUAUAGAUCUCAGUACCCAGGAUGUCUUUAUUGCGACUGCAAAUAAGCUGCUUUUUAAUGUGCUGUAUUUCACAUGUAAGAAGAUGACUGAUAUUGCACAACUCGGUGAAUGUCUGAAUACUCUGGCUGAUGAUCAUCUUAACAGGCAGAUAAUGGAAAGCCAGCCAAAAGAGACAGCACACGAUCUAUUAGAGUCACCCACAAGCUACCCCAAGAGCAAGGCUUUUAGCAUCUUCCGUGGCACCAACACUGAUAAGGGUGCUGUGUCAGCAACACAUUCAGUGGAAGACAUCAAAGGGGAAGUUGCACCAGACGCCCCAGAAUCUGCCACAUUUCCCACCAAUUCACCAUCCAGGACCCAUGCUCACAGUUCAUCCUCUGGAAAAACAUCUCCUAAGAAAAGAUAUUUGAAAAGAACUGCAAGAGAGUGUUACAGAUCCAUAAAUUCCAGUAGCAAUCAAGCUAAAAAGGACAUUCAUUCAUGUGCUGGCAAAGAAAAUAUGACAGCGACUACUGAAUGCAGACAUGGCCUUCGAGAACUUCAAUCUCCCAAUGUUGCAAUAAGUACAGAAAGCCAUGAGAAGCACAUGGGUGAUGCAGCAUGGCACAGCGAAGCCCAACGCAGUGUGUCCUUAUUGGGUACUCAAGCUUUUCUGCCUCCCCAACCUCUGCUACAGUUGAAACACCCAACAGAUAAAUACUGCAUAGCAGAUUUUGCAGAGGAAUUGGCAGAGACUGUGGUCUCUAUGGCAACAGAAAUAGCUGCCAUUUGCCUUGACAAUUCAAAUGGCAAGCAACCUUGGUUCUGUGCAUGGAAGAGAGGAAGUGAAUAUUUGAUGCCCCAGGCUUUGUCAUGCCGGACCAUCAAAAGAAAGAAAGAAACACAGUCUAAUGGAUCGGUUGUAAGAAAGCAUAGGCCGCCUAGGUUGAGUGAGAUCAAGAGAAAAACAGAUGAACAUCCUGAGCUAAAAGAAAAGCUUAUGAAUAGGGUUGUGGAUGAAUCCAUUUAUCUUGACGAUACAACAGAUUCAAGCAAUAGCUUUGCCAGUGAUGUAGCUGCUAAGAUUAUUAAUUUGGCAGAACUCUCUGUGGUGGAUAAUGUAUGGCAGAGUCCAAACCAUCCACGAAAUAGGCUACUUUGUGACCGGUGGAGCAGAGUCAACGCAUCCAGCUGUGAAAGCAUUCCUGAAGAGGACUCAGAUUCCAAAGGGUCUGCAAAUACUUUGGCUCUCAUGAACACUUUAGGGCAACCCCUAAGCAGGACAAGUUCUGUCUCUAAGCAGUCCAGCUGUGAAAGCAUUACAGAUGAGUUUUCACGGUUUAUGGUCAACCAGAUGGAAAAUGAAGGUCGAGAAUUUGAUUUAUUACUUGAUUACUAUGCUGGGAAAAAUGCAAACAACAUCUUAAAUUCUGCACUGCAGCAAGUCACCAAGAAAAAUGGCCACCUCAGUGUGAGGCCAAGUUGCCCAUCCAAACAGUCAAGCACAGAAAGCAUUACGGAAGAGUUUUAUAAAUAUAUGCUAAGGGAAAUUGAAAAGGAAAAUAAGGAAAAUGGGUUUUCUGCUAGGAGUGCAAAGGACUGGAGCAACAAUUUAUUACCUCCUUCCCAACGAUCAGCUUUUUGUUUUAGACAGUCUUCAAUGCCUGAUAGCAGAUCAACAGCAUCCAGGCUUACAGUGAAUGUGCCCAUCAAAGCAAAUUCAUUAGAUGGCUUUUCUCGCAAUGGCCACCAGGAUUCUUUAACCAUACAGCCUAUCAGUACAGUGUCCUCAUCAGGGCUUUGCAAAUCAGACUCUUAUCUGUAUCAAAGAUGUCGGACUGAUAAGGUAACUGACAUGCUGAUUCAUGAGACCUGGUCAAACUCCAUCAAAGCCCUGAUGUGCAAGAAUAAGAUCAUAGCUGAUGAUGGGGAGAUCGCGGAGCCUGAUCAACAUCCUCAUGGUUCUCCACCACAUGUUCAGCAAUACGCAAACAGGCUAGCUGAAAACAUUGUGGAGAGUGGGAAAACCUUAAUUGCCAUCCAUCAGGAUUCUGCAGACACAAGCAAAGCAACAGACAGCAGCUGCAUCCCAGUAGGGAUCCAAAGUAACUGUAAACCCACCGGAGACAGACUAGAUGUAGAUGUGAAGAAACAGCAUACUGGAUCCCCUGGUUCGUUUUCCACAAACCAGACAAGCUCUUCUGCAUGCCCAAGGGAAGUGCCUUUAAUUCAGAUAGAAACAGAUCAAAGAGAAGAGUUUAAUAAAGGCUCCCAGCCCUUAACAGAAGCUAACAUCACCUCUGGGAAAACGAGGGAGCAUCUAAACAAUGAAAAAUCUACAAAGGCAGAUUCAGGAAGGCAUCUGGUUUCCACAACAACCAACAGCAUGGCAACCUGCAACGGCCAGGAGCCCGAAGCCUCCGUAGAGGCCAAAGCUGUGGAGGAGUCUCCAGUCCCUCUCAGCAGCAGUGAUGAGAGCACAGGGAGCAGCUGGUGUCAGCUGGCCAAUGAGGAGGACAAUCCUGACGAUACCAGCAGCUAUUUGCAACUCAGUGAGAGAUCUAUGAGCAAUGGCAACAGCAGUACCACUAGCAGUCUUGGCAUUGUGGAUCUGGAAAUUUAUCAGGAAAACAUGCCAUCUUCUCGUGCCAUUCAUGAAUUAGUAGAAGAAAGUGCAUUCCGUGACAAACAGCCAGACAAGGUGGAAGAACACACUUCCGGCUUAUCUGUGGGACCAGCCAGUGGGCAAAAGGAUAUCUUGGUGAUAAACUUUGACCUAGAACCAGAGUGCCCUGAUACAGAAUUGCGUGCCACUCUUCAGUGGAUAGCUGCAUCAGAGCUUGGGAUUCCUAUGAUCUAUUUUAAGAAAUCUCAGGAAAAUAGAAUUGAAAAGUUCUUAGAUGUUGUGCAGCUUGUCCACCAGAAAUCCUGGAAAGUGGGUGAUAUUUUCCAUGCUGUGGUAGAAUUCUGCAAGCACCAUGAAGAAAGCAGUGAGCUGGCACCAAGCCUUUUUGACUGGCUUCUUGAACUGGGAUAA